AUGGGUGAGCAAACUAGAAGACUAAACGAUCUUGAGAGAGAUCACGAUUCCUUUUGUGAACAGGUACGGCAAAUGGCUGGAGAUACUACAACUACAUAUACCCCUGCUAAUAAGUCAUACGAUGAAUUACUCCGAAAACAACUACGAGAUGGUGACAAAGUUUUGGAUAAUCCUAUAUUUCCCAGAAAUGAAAGCUUUUCCCGACUCAAUAAUCGAAGUAAUGAAAUAAAUAUUAAUCAUACUGCUGGUAGCGGAAGUAGCAUUAUGAAUCAAAAUAUCGAAGAUAAAUUAUUCUUCUUGGAUAGAAAGGUAAAUGACAUGCAAAAGCUUUUAAAUCGUUCAGCUCAACGAGAAAAUGAAAUGUUAUCGAUUAUUAAAGAUUUAGAAGCACGUCAAUCUGAAUUAUUUAGAGCUAUUGUUCAACUAAAUGACAGAAAUGAAAGAAAUAUGGAUCGAAUCUUAAAUAGUAUUUCAUCAAUUUCAAAGCAACGUCAAAUACAAUCCUCACUUACUAAUGGGUAUAGCUCACGAAACAUGUUGGAUGAUGAUGAGAGAUCGAGUUAUAAUGAAUAUGAGCCUCUGGAUGAUAACAACAGUAUAAAUUCUAGUAAAAACUUUACAAAAUGA